AUGACCUCAAUUUUUGACCCUCAACAGCUCAACAGACCCGAAUCCCUCAAUGCCUGGAAUGAAAUCCUUCUCAUGGACAUGGUCGCGGCAUUCCGUGACCUGGACGAGCACCCGGACACUGUGUUCACGGUCCUGACCGGCGAGGGCCGUUUCUUCUCUGCCGGGGCUGAUAUCAAAGGGGGUAUUGAGACACCCCCGCCAGAGUCAACCGCCGCACAGACGAAGCUGUUCUAUAUGCGCAAGUUCUCCCGCGAAAUGGAACUCUUCCGCUCAAUGAUCGAUCACCGAAAGGUGUUUGUCCUAGCGUUAAACGGUCCAGCCGUCGGCGGCGGCGCGGCCUGGUUCGAAGGCAUUGCCGAUAUCGUCGUCGCGGCGAAGGGAGCCUACAUGCAGGUCCCUUUCAGUUCCCUCGGCCUGGUCCCGGAAUUUGGCGCGGCGCCGACCUUUGCUCGGAAUAUCGGCGCUCGCCGGGCCAACGACUUCCUGAUGUUCGGCCGCAAGUGCUCGGUCGAGGAGAUGGAAUCGUGGGGGCUGAUCAAUCGGAUCUUUCCUGCGGAGGGGUUCCAUGAGCGCGUUCGCGGCUUUCUGAAAGAACAGUUGGCGGUUAAUGAUGGUAAGAGUAUGAUGGAGACGAAGCGGUUGCAGAAUGCCCCCUUGAGAGGGGAACGGAUCCUGGCCAUGUUUGAUGCUGCCCACGCAUUGGCUGAGCGGUUUGUGGAUGGGGCGCCUGUGGAGCGGUUUCGCAAGAAGACUGAGCAGUUGUCGAAAGGUCAGCCAAUGUGUUUCUGCUUUGUUCUCAGGUCUGACGUUGGAUAUAGCGAGUGUGGCGCGUGGAGGGAAGACAAAGGCCUCCUUGUAGAAUUGAUUAAUCGUCCUUUUACCAGCGAGACGGCAUCCUACUAUAGAAUCAUGUCUCCUAUAUGUAUAUGGACAAUCAAUACUUAUCCGUCGAAGGCCUGUAAAUCCAAUCCGCGUUUGUGGAGAACUACACACUCUCGAUGGCAUGAAAGGUCAGCAGCAGAUCGUCAAUAA